UCUGGUACUUACGCUUACCAUCUCUGCUUAUACAUGCACAGCAAUCAGUCCGGAAUCGAGCUCUGCCAUCCCACCUAUGAGUGAACCAUCUGUGCAGCUCAAAUGGAACUCCUAUGACUACAUCAUUGUGGGAGGAGGAACUGCUGGAUGCCCAUUAGCCGCCACACUCUCCCAGAGGUUCAAGGUUUUGGUCCUGGAGCGCGGAGGUUUCCCCGAUCCAAUCUCCACACGCCGAGACAGCUUUUUACUGACUUACGAAAACCAACUUGGCAGCAACACACUCGUCCAGGGAUUCGUUUCCACGGAUGGCGUUAGAAACGGCCGGGCUCGAGUGCUGGGCGGUGGAAGCUCAAUCAACGCCGGGUUUUACAACCGAGCGAGUCCUCAAACCAUAGCAGACAUGGGCCUCGAUGGGAGCCUGGCUAACGCGUCCUUCCAGUGGGUGGAGAGAAUUGUGGCGUCAUUCCCAGAGCUUGGGCCAUAUCAGAGAGCGUUCAGGCAGUCCCUGCUCGAGGCAGGAGUGACUCCUGACAACGGUGCCAGCUACGACUUUCAAGUUGGAACCCAAACCGGGGGAACGAAUUUCGAUAGCCAGGGGUUCCGGCGGCCAGCUUCAAAUCUGUUUGUUUACGGCAAUCGUACGAACCUGGACGUUCUGCUCUACGCACAAGUUGAGCUCAUCCUUUUCAAAGGGCUUCGAGCGUAUGGAGUGCGGUAUACAGACUUCCUUGGCUUACCGCACACGGCUCUUCUUAGCAGACACCCCAAGAGUGAAGUGAUUUUGUGUGCAGGUGCACUAGGAAGCCCGCAGCUGCUCUUGCUGAGCGGAAUCGGGCCAGCAGACCAUCUGACAGCCAUGGGCAUCAAGGUGGUGUUGAACGCAACUGGAGUUGGACAACAAAUGAGAGACAACCCCACAACCCGUCUUGUUAUACUCUCGCCUUCCCCAGUGGAGUCGUCACUUGUGCAAGCCGUGGGAAUCACUGCAGCAUUUGGCACCUACAUCGAGGCUGCGAGUGGUGCUGCUGCAGCAGCUAUACCCGGUGCGCCAGUCGAGUACAUACUCCAGAAAGCCGCCGGGCCUUUAUCUGUAGGCAAGCUUGUUUUGGGGUCCACGAAUGUCCGAGACAAUCCGAUAGUCACCUUCAACUAUUUCCAAAACCCCCAAGACCUGGCGACAUGCGUUGCAGGGGUGAACAGGGUCGAGGAGGCCGUUCUCACAAAUGCGUUCCGCCCUUUUGUGUUUGACAUUCAGCCUCUCCCAUCGGGAGGUACAGUUGGAUCGCCCAACCGGAGAAAUCCAGCAUUUGCGCCCACUCUGAACGCAACCAUAGCCACCUAUUGCGUGACAAACGUUGCAACCAUCUGGCACUAUCACGGUGGAUGCGUGGUUGGCCAGGUUGUGGAUUCCGACUAUAAAGUUUUGGGCACCCAAGGACUGAGAGUUGUCGAUGGUUCUACCUUCGUGUUUUCCCCUGGAACAAAUCCACAGGCUACAGUUAUGAUGCUUGGCAGGUAUGUCGGCGUAAAAAUCCUGGCAGACAGGUAAGAACCAUACCUUAAAUAUAUACGAAGUUUGCGUAAACUAAGCGAAAGUAAACGUAAAGUCAAUAAAAGGCUUCAACGAUUGACUUUCGUUAA